UCUGGCAACACUGAAUUGCGGAUCCCAAGCAUCAUCAUCAAUUGUUUUCCAUUCAUCUCAACCGAUCUCCCCGUUUCCCAUUCCUCUCCCUCCUCGUUUGGGCGUGUGCGUGUUCAUUGGUUCCGGCCAUGCCGCCCUACCCCCAGCACGCCCUGUUGCGGAUCGAGCCUGCCUCCGAUGGCGUAGUCUCCAGUCCCACCCCGCCCCACGGGUCCGCCUCCACCUCCGCCUCCGUCUCGUCGGCCUGGCCAGGCCUGGCCUUGGCUUGUGAAGAGGAGAGCACGCAAACGGAAGGGGCCUCCUCCUCGGAUUGGGGAUCCAUUUCGUCGGCGGCCUCGAUGGGCUUGGAGGGCAGUGGGGAGGGGGGCCUCAGUUCGGACGGGGGUGAAGCCUCCUCCUCUUCUGUCAUGGCACGCCUCUCCAGGGGUGUGGUGGGGCGACUAUUUGCGCCGGAACGGCAAGACCGCUCGACCCAAACCAUGAAAGACCCUUUGACGUCGGAGACCGAGAAAUUGGCCUUUGACAUUGUUUUCUUCACCAUUGGUCGGCGCACCGCCAAAACCAGCGAUGAAAUCGUCCUUUGUCUCCGGCGGAGCGUCCAACAAAUGCUGGAUAACCACGCCCUCGUCUUCAACGGAAUGGUCUCCAGACUCGACCUCAACUCUAAUAGUGAUCUCAAUCAAGGCUUCCAAGACUUAGCCAACGUCCUUUUCUCCAAUAACGAGGUCACUUGGAACAAAAUCAUCGCCUUAUUCGCAUUUGCCGCUCGAUUGGCCCUGUAUUGUGAUGAACACCAUUUCGAAAACAAAAUGUUCGACGUGGCCUCUAACCUAAGCCAAUGUGCUAUCGAGCACCUCACCCCAUUCUUGAGACGACACGGUGGAUGGGCCACUCUUUGUCAAGCUUUCCCGGCCGAGAGUGACUACGAGUCAAAGAUAUGGACAUCUCUUGUGAUAACGGGCCUAGGCUUGACCAUGUUUGCCACUUUUUUGGCUUGGCAAAGAUGAUGAUGAUGAUGGCGAUCACAAGAGCCUUCCCAGAUAACCAUGCAUCAGUAUCACGGAGGCCAGGUUCAAGUAUUAUCAGCAACGGAGACUUAGGGAUCGCCAAUGACCCAUGGGCCAAUAUAGCUUGAUUUUAUUACCCGUCACCCGCCUGCCAGUCCCUUGGGACCCAAAUAAUGAUUCAUAACUAGUCCUGACGACCGCCCAAAAACAAAUUCAUACUCGUGGUCCCUCGGUCAAAGUUCAAUUUCGCCAGGAACCUAAACUCCCCCAAUGAUGAACCAAGAUGAUACACAUCCCAGGUAUUAGAAUCCGUACCAGACAAUGACUAACUUGGUAACCACCCACAACAACAACAACAACCUUCGGCUGCGUAUUUUGUUUCACUCUUUCCAAAGCUUAUUUUUUUCACGUCUUGUUAAUCAUGCCUGCAUUUUAUUUCUACCGAAACUACUCAUACUAAGCAUAGAUAUGGAAGGAUUUCCAGAACGAUAAUGAUAAUAAACACAUGACAAUCGAA